AUGAAGUUCACUGCCGUCCUUGCUGCUGCCGUCCUCGCUACGACAAGCGUCCUGGCCACAGAGACACCCGCGUUGCGAGCUCUUGCAGACGCCACCGCCGAAGAUGCUGUCAGCGAUGAGACGAGCAUGCAACCCGACGCCGAGGCGAUGAACGAAGAUGAUGACGAUGGCCAGCAAGAGAGAAGAUGGGGAGGCGGAGGUGGUAAAUGGGGCGGUGGUGGUGGUAAAUGGGGCGGUGGUGGUGGUAAAUGGGGUGGCGGUGGUGGUAAAUGGGGCGGUGGUGGUGGUAAAUGGGGGCGUGGUUGGUGA